CAGCAUCUUGCAUGGAGACUCCGACAGCUGGGCUGGAGGCAAACGGUUCUUCCGGCUCUAGCUAACCAGUGCUCGAAAGGCAAUUGUUCUACGCUCAUCAGACAGAAAAAAUGAUAAUCAUGGUCUAAAGAAGAGGCUUACGCGUUCUGCCCAGAGGCUGAAGCAGCAGAGACAGCAAAGCCCAUGUGAUUCAUUGAAUGAAGAGAGUGGACAAUUACCAGCAACUUGUUCACAUUUUGCCUUGGACAGCCUAAGCUGAAACUACUUACUGAAAAUGACACAGCAAAUGCAUAACUUAAGUCUCCUCCAGACAAAGAAGAACAGCAUGCCAUCCUCUCCAAAUGCUGCAAAGCGGUUGUAUCGGAACCUGUCAGAAAAGCUGAAGGGGAGCCAUACAUCCUUUGAUGAAGCAUAUUUCAGAGCUCGAUCUGAUCGACCUAGUCUCCGUAAGACCUCAAUGAAUUUCCAGUGCAAUGAAGCUAUGUUUGAGGCCGUGGAACAGCAAGAUCUGGAUGCUGUUCAGAUUCUUCUUUAUCAAUACACGCUGGAGGAGCUGGACCUGAACACACCGAAUAGUGAGGGACUCACUCCUUUGGAUAUUGCCAUUUUGACAAACAAUGUUCCCAUCGCUAGGACCCUUCUACAUGUUGGGGCAAAGGAAAGCCCACACUUUAUUAACACGGAAAGCAGGUCAGCACAUCUGAGUACAUUGGUCCAGGAAGCACAGCAGCGAGUUACCGAAUUAUCUGCACAAGUGAUGAACGAAGGCCUUGGUGCAGACAGCACAGAAAAAGAGAAGCAGCUGAAAGCGUGGGAGUGGAGAUACAGGCUCUACAAGCGCAUGAAGGCGGGCUACGAACACGCUAGAGCCCCCGAGGCGCCAACCAACGUCUGUCUCAUGGUAACAAGCAGUACAUCACUCACUGUCACCUUCCAAGAACCUCUGAGUGUCAACUCAGCUGUGGUGACCAAGUACAAAGUGGAAUGGAGCUCUUCAGAAGACUUUUCUCCUUUGGUUGGUGAAAUAAUACUGGAUAAUCUUGAGUCUCUGAGGUGCACCAUCACGGGUCUCAGAACAGGCCAAAGGUAUUAUGUCCAUGUUUCAGCAUACAACAUGAGAGGAUGGGGACCUUCACGAAAAUCUACUCCUGCAUAUGCUUCUCCUUCAAACUGGAAAGACUGCAGUGGAAUAGAAGCUCGGCACAGGGGACACACUGAGGCCCUGGAACGUCUCCUUCAGCAGGUUCGAGCAGCUCAUCAGCAUUAUAAUUGCAGAGAAAGUUCUAAAUUACAGAACACCGGUCGCAAGCAAUCAGUUUCUAGAAGCCUGAAGCACCUCUUCCAUUCAUCAAACAAGUUUGUGAAGACUCUGAAACGGGGACUCUACUUAUCUGUUAUAUUUUUUUACAAAGACAAUUUAUUAGUAACCAAUGAAGAUCAAAUCCCAAUUGUGGAAAUUGAUGACUCCCACAGUAGUUCAGUGAUGCAGGAUUUCCUGUGGUUCACAAAGUUGUCUUGUAUGUGGGAUGAGAUCAGAUGGCUGAGGCAGAACAUGUCCAUAUCCGUGUCCUCGUCAACAGCACUUCAAGCCAGGCAGAAGAUGCUUUCAGCAGCAGCACAGCUCCAGAACUUGCUGGGAACUCACAACUUAGGCAGAGUGUUUUAUGAGCCAAUCAAGGAUCGACAUGGCAAUAUGCUAAUAGUUACUAUAAGAGAAGUGGAGAGCCUUUACUCAUUUUUUAAUGGAAAAUGGAUGCAGGUAUCCAAACUACAAAGCCAGAGGAAAUCCCUUUCAACUCCAGAGGAGCCAACGGCAUUAGACAUCUUGCUUAUAACAAUCCAGGACAUACUUUCCUAUCACAAACGAAGUCAGCAACGCCUCCCUUCCGGCUUGUAUCUGGGUUACCUUAAACUCUGCAGCUCCGUGGAUCAGAUCAAAGUGCUGGUGUUGCAGAAGCUGCCUAACAUCCUGUGUCACGUUAAAAUCCGAGACAACAGCAAUGUCUCCAAAGAUGAGUGGGAAUGGAUCCAAACACUUUCUGGCUCAGAAUCUGUGGAAAGUAUGGAUCAUACUUCAGACUGCCCUACUCAAUUGUUCUUGUAUGAGCUCCAGAUGGCAGUGAAAGCUCUCCUUAAACAGAUCAAUCUACCUCUGCAUCAGGCUAAGCACUUCCGUCUGUAUACACAGGAGGUGUUGGAACUGGGUCACAAUGUCUCCUUUCUUCUCCUGCUCCCCGCCUCAGACGACGUCUGCACUGCCCCAGGACAGAAUAAUCCUUACACCCCACACUCAGGAUUUCUUAACCUCCCUCUUCAGAUGUUUGAACUCGUUCAUUUUUGCUGUUACAAGGAAAAAUUUAUAAGCCUGUAUUGCCGCCUUUCUGCUGUUAUAGAGCUGGACUCUCUGAAAACCCAGCAAUCCCUAAGGGAAGCAAUUUCAGACAGUGAAGUCGCUGCGGCCAAACAAAGACACCAGCAAGUUAUAGACUACAUACAGCAAAUCGAUGAGAUCUGGAGGGAAAUGAGAUGGAUCACAGAAGCCCUGCAGUAUGCAAGGUACAGGCAGCCAGCAGCUGGCCUACUCAUAAAGAAGCUUGUGGAUCUUUCAGAAGAACACUCUCAAAAGAAAAUCAGUUCAACCUCUUCACAUCUAGAUUGUCUUCCUUCACCUCCUCCUUCCCCUGAGGCUAGGAUCCAGCGGAGAAAAGCUGUGAGUGAUUCCCAGCCCUGCUCAGAUGAAGAAGGCUGCUCUGAAGUAUUUCUUCCAACCGACAGUGACUAUGACUCCAGUGAUGCAUUAAGCCCCAGAGAAUUAGACCUGAUUUACUCCUCCUCACAUGACAUAUCCCAGCAGGCUGGCAGUGGUCUGGGUGGCAGCGCACCUGAUGUUCUCCAAGUCCACGACAUGAAGCCUUACCUAACAACGAAAGAAGGCCUGACAGAGGGUCGUGCCUUUGAUGCUAACACUGAAUGUUGCACGGAGUAUAUGAGCAAUCUGACAAUGUCAGGGCUGACAUCGAAAAGCAUAGACAAGUCCUCUAGCUCCAAGCAGCCACUGAGCUUUUUAGGGAAAAAAAAGCUAGGGAAACAUCAACAUUACAACUACUUCAGCCGUCAACAUCGUUGGCUGCGUGUGCACAGCGAGACGCAGUCUGGCUCUCUGUCUGAAGGUGUGUAUACUCAGCACCUCACGAGAUCUUCAGAUUUGUCUCAAGAACCUACCUCCAGUGAGCAGUUAAAGAUUCCCAUCGAUGGGUCUCGGAGCACUUUCUUACCUCACACAUCCAGCCUCCCAGAAGAUGGAAAAGGCAAGUAUGAGGGAUCAAGGCAGAAUGUUCACAGGAUACAUGUGAAGCCUUAUAAAACAACAUUUCUGGGGGAAGAGGGCAAGUCCUGGGCAAUGAGCACACAGUCUGUAGAACACAGAGAUGUGCACAAUGCUAUGCAACAGAUAAUGGAUCCAGAUGACCAAUCGGGUUCUGCUGUCUCAGAAGUCUUCAGCAGCACACUUUAACCCCAGACUUCGUCAUUGCUUCCCGUCGCUCCAUAAGGAGGUAGUGAGCAUUAUGCAUGUAGGGCAGCACUUUCAAAACCACUUGUAAAAAUCCAGCUACUGAAAUGGCAAAAAAGAACCCUAUCUUUCGACUUCAUCACCAGAUUUCUGGUCUUACAGGGGUAUCUGUCGUGAUUCAAGCAUUGCUAUUGGCAUCUGCAGUUUUGCAGGUAGAGUCGUAACAGUCACCACAUAACAGAACUAUCUGUGGCUGCAAAUCUAGUAACCGGAUUUUGCAGUUCUCUUGACUUUCAUAUAUCUCUGAGCAUGCAAAAUUUUAAGCAUGAGUGGCUCUGCCUGCAAGUGAGCAGAAACCGUAACAUCCCUGGCGUUGUCACAUUAGGACUGUGUUCUAAAUUUCUAUUAACCUGUUUUCCACUCUUUCCUAUAAACUUUUCUACUUCUCAGCCUUCUUGAAUGGAUUCAGGUUGCAUAUAAAUAAAGUGCUAACUGGUCUAGAAACGCAGUUAACCCAGAGUUUCCAGCCACUUAUAGAGAAAUGGAAAAUUCUUCCAAUACUUAGAAAAUGCAGUCAAACACCAUCUCUGAGAGCUGUAAGAGCCUGACGUAAUUAUCACAAUGGUUCAGUUUUUCAGGAGCUUAGAUUUCAAAUGAUAUAAGUAGCAAGUUAUUGUAAAAGCAUAGAAGGCAAACCUGUGAGGUCAAGAUCAGGCAGAACAAGGCUGAGUUCUCAAGGAAUAAUAUGCAGGGGUUGAUACUGAAGCAAAGUCCACCACACAAGAGUGCAUUUCUUUACGUUGGAGGCACUCUCAUACACUCAUUGGAAAGAAAGGCUCCUAUUUCUGGAAUACUCACUGUAAUCUUCAGGGGCCUUUGAUCACCAUGACUGAAAUUGGGAUAUUCUGGCAAUUCAGAGUAAGGAAAUUUGGGGUGCAGGUUGAAUGAAAGAUUUUUCAUUUGGGUCACCAAUAAAUCUUAGUACCAAAAGGAAGGUGGGAGGUGGCCGUUUCACAUGACGAAUUUGUCUAAAGGCAGAUCAUAGUGAGUCAUGGUUUUGUUCUUUGCAACCAGAGUAAGACUUACAGUACUACAGAGGAUGAUCUCAAAAAUGAAAUCUAUACUAAUGAAAUCUAUAACGUUCGAGUCACUGUGAAAUGAACUAAUGUGGAGAGAAACCCCAGCUGUUGCACAAGCUUUAAUUUUUCUUAAACAGUUCUUGAAGUUUAAUUUUAUAGGCCACAUUCCUGCUGGUUAAAUUCCCUCACUCCAUGUUUGCGCAGCCUUCUACCUUUCAAUUUUUCAGCCUCCAGGUGGAUACAUUCUAAGGCCUCCAAUAAAGAGAUUUGAGUUAAAUAGUUGAGUUUACAAGUCCUUGAGGUAAAGGUAAGGAUUUGGGCCCAUGAUCUGUGGUCCUUAUUAAAAUAGCACUUCCAUAACCCCAGUGCUAUUAAAAUCCCUGUGAACUCAAUCCAUAAAUUCAAAAAUAAAUGUUAUUCACUAUUUUCUGCUUGGUCAGUAUGUGGGAGCCAAGAAGAGUCUUUGCAGUGAUAUAAGGGCAAAAACUUUCUAUAAGGGAUUUGCAUUUGUAACUUCUCCUUUUGGAAGAGGGAAGUUAACUUUUUGCACCAAAAAUAUUCAUUCAUUACCUGAUCCAAAGCUCCGUGAGGAUGGAAAGACUAGACUCCCAUUCACUUCCACAGGCUCUGAAUGAGACCCAUACUGAAAAUUCCUGUGGGUGAGAAGAUGCGGGAAGGAGCAGAAGUGUCAGUGCCAAUUUGCAGCCAGAAGGACACGCAUUGUUUUCUGCCACACAGGAUUGCAUGGGGAAAACCUGGCUCACAAACCACAGAACCGCCCAGUGAUGUUUUACUGUCAGUGAAGGCAGUAACAGCUCGUUACAUUUGAUUAUGUUCAUUA